UUGGUUACAAAUUCCUAGCUUCUAUUUGUGGUUUUCCAAUUCACUAAUCUUAUAUGAUCUGGUUUUUCAUUGUUAAAUUUGCAUUUAGAAGCACUCAACUUUGUGGAAUUGAAUGCAGACAAAAGCCAUAAUCUUUUCCUUUUUAUUGCAAAGGAGAAAUGGGUUUGCUUUUCAUUUCCUCUCACAAUGUAUUUGUGUUUUUGGCUAAAUUGCUUUUCAUCCUUAUCCAUUGUAGGAAUAAUUGACGGGCUGGUUGGAGUUGUGAAUUUAUGCCAGUAUCUCUCACACAUUAUAUUAUUAAGCUUCUGAUACCCAUAGCAGAAAAUUCCAAAUUUCUGAUGAUAAAAGUAAAAAGACUUCGCUUUAGGAAUCGUUUAAGUUCUGGAUUGAAAAACCGACCUCCCUUUUGUAGUUAAGAUUCAACUACCCACAGUAAACAUUCUAAUUUUAUCUUGAUAGAAUGGACAAUUAUUUGUUUAUUUGUUAUAUAUUCUAUAGGGUUUUGUCUCUUUCCCCCUCUCCUCCCCCCCCAUCCUUAUAUUUUGGCUAUGGGUCAAGGUGUUGUUCAUCUCUAUCCAUCUUAGGAAUAAUAUAAAAGGUUGAUGGGAUUAUGCAAUUACAUUGGUAUCUUAUGGUGGAAGUCUUGUAGAAUAUGAAAAUACAAUUUCUCCAAUAAACCCUCUGAAUUCAAUGGAUGUUGCUUAUCCCUCCUCCUGCUUCAUCUUUUUUUCUGAUUUUUCUUGUUGUGUGUGUGGCUCUUCAUCUGAGGGAAUUCAUCAAAAACCAAAUAAACUUUGGUAUUGCUCUGCUGUCAAUCAAGAUAGAAGACGAUAAAAAAUCAGUUCUGGGCGCUAGUGAAGUAGUUUGGCCAGUGUUUUAUAGUUUUUUUCUUCUCAUAGAUAUAUACCUGUAAAUGAAUACUCAAAAAAUUGAGUGCCAAGAUCCAAACAAUGGAUGUUUGAAUGAUUAUACUUUUGAAUUAUCUGAUUGCUCCUAUGAGAGUUUUGGUUCUCGGCAGUCUUGGAACAUGGGAGUUUGUUCCCAAUCUCCAUCAUCAGCUAUGGGAGGAGGAUCUCUGCAGCCAAACCACAGGACAAUGAAUUCUGGUGUUACAAUUUCAAGUCAAUUCGAAUCAACAACUUCUACUUUCUAUACAACUGAAGACUCCAUGGGUUAUCCACAGUACCAGUAUCAAGUUGGCAAACACCCCUGGUGCACCCAGCUUCACAAGAAUUAUGAUCUAGCAAUUCCAUCAUUACAGUCUUCUGAGGAUCCCCUCUCUAUUAACUCAGCAAAGCAAGAUGAUAUUGACCUUCAAUCAAGGGAUACCUUGCAAUCCGUAGUGAAGCUUCCGUUGCAUAGCAAUCAGAAAUCUAGGUUUUGUGCCGAUUCCAACAGAAUCUCUUGUAAAAAUUUGCCAGGGAGUGACCUCCGUCCACUUCUGCAAAAUAAAUUGGCAGGUGAAGAAGACACCUUAGAAAAUAAGCGCCUCUCGGUCCCUUUUGUGAGAAGUCAGAAUCCUAGAGUUGGUUGUAAUUCAUUCACCCUUCCACUAGCACAACCGUGCCUUCAUCAUCAGCCAGACAAGCAGUCUCCAGAACCUUCUUCAGGGGGUGUUUCUGUUACUUCUGGCAGUUCUGUUUCAUCUGGAGGAGCUGCCUCAAGCAAAACACGGAUUAGAUGGACUCCAGAUCUUCAUGAGCGGUUUGUUGAAUCUGUGAACCGUCUUGGGGGUGCAGAGAAGGCAACACCAAAGGGAAUCCUGAGGUUGAUGGACUCGGAAGGAUUGACCAUAUUCCAUGUGAAAAGCCAUUUGCAGAAAUAUCGAAUUGCCAAAUACAUGCCAGAAUCUGCAGAAGGAAAAUCUGAACGGAAAGCAUGUUCGAACAACAUAGCUCAGAUUGAUCCAAAAACAAUGCAAAUCACGGAGGCACUGCGAGUGCAACUAGAUGUACAGAGGUGUCUACAUGAACAAUUAGAGAGUCAGAGAAAUCUACAAAUGCGAAUUGAAGAACAAGGGAGACAACUCAAAAUGAUGUUUGAACAGCAGCAAAAAACAAACAAGAGCCUUUUUCAGACUGAGAACUUGGAUGAUUUGUUCCCUGAAAAAUCAAUUAGUCUUGAGGAUAUUCAGGUCUCUACUGUAGGAGAAGGAUCAGAGAGUACCCACUUCCACUCUGAAAUAAGUUAAUUAGCUUCUGGUACUGCAUUCUUUGAUGUUUUUGUUUGUAAUCAGGGUCUAAAAUUGUGUAUUAAAAUGUCAGUCAAAGUUCUGUAGCAAAUCUCAAUCAAUCCAGCACAAUCAUAACUCAUAGGAUACUCGUGUACUUGGUGAUCU